UUACUCUGUAUAUGUAGCGGGACGCCCAAUUGAAACACCCAUUUCGAAAAACUGAACAAUAGUGAGAUAUUUUUGAGAGAAAAGCGGAGAACUUUUGUAAGCAUCAGCAAACUCACUCAAGAAACAAGAAGAUCAAUCACAAUCAGAACCAAUAUAGCAUUGAUUUGAACCUAUUUGGAAAUUCAGUGAUGGCAUCACGAGCUGGAGGUGUGGUUCAAGAUCAGAAUUUAAACAUCCACUAUAAUGAAACUUCUGUUGGCUGGAAGACUAAUGUCUCUAAGGCACCAAUAAAAGGAGUUCUUGGUGGAAGGACGCCACUUGGUGAUUUGUCAAAUUCAGUGAAGCAUUCUCUGAAUCAGGGAUCAAAGAAGCAGGGUUCUGGCCUUUUCUCCUUCACUGAGAAAGGUAGUGCCACCUCUCAGAAUACACUUGAUGCAAGCAAGAAGAAAAGUACCUCUAAAGCCUUGGGCAAAGUGCAGACCAGAAGUAGGAAAGCACUUUCUGACAUUUCAAAUUCAGGGAAGCCAAACCUGAACGAGGGAUCAAAGAAGAACUACAAAGGAAAGCUAAGUGUUGUGGCGGAGGAGCCAAUUGAUGCCAAGGCAAUUGCAGAGGAACGAUUUCUGCACAAUCAUGAAGAAUGUAUUAAAGCUCAGACCAGAGCUAUGGACUUGGAUCAAUUUUUACAGAUAAUUGGACUUGACAAUGUUAUUUCCAAACAGCAGGAAAAUCCUAUGUCGAUUAAAGUGAAGGCCCAGAGUCCACCGAGGCACUUGGAACUGGAAGAGAUGACUGAAGAGCUGAUUGAAGAUCAAUCUUGGAAACACAAGCUUGAUUCUCCACCUCCUUGCAGAACUCCAAAAUUACCAAGGCAUUAUAUGGACUAUGACUUUGUUUUCGAGUUGUUAGAAUCACCGUAGUUGAGAAAGCAUUGAUUGCCUUCUUUAUCAAUGCUUGUUUGGAAUGGUAGUAAUUUUGCAGAAGUUGUGUGAAUAUUGCAGUGGCAAUGUGAUGACAAUUCUUUGGGAAGUUAUUUGGAAUUGAGCAAUCUAAUGCUCUUGUCUUUUUUAAACAUCUUAAUCCUUUUGUUAUUCUAUAAGGAAUGGUUAUUCUGUCGCCAUCCCACACUGUAUUGUCUUUUUGAUAUGCCUAUGUUGAUUGUUUGAAGUGCUCUUAGUUACUUGGAGAAGGUUUCCCCUAGAGGAACCUUUAUUCCAGUCAUGUUAUUUGCUAAAAGGCAAAAAGAAAUCUCCAUAUAAAAUCUAUGCGUCUAUUUAUUUA